AUGAGCACUGCUACUCCUUCUGCAAAGACUAAAUCCGACGAAUAUCCCCUACCAGAAGGCUGGCUAAAAGCUUUCUCGGACGAACACAAACGAUACUACUUCAUCCACAAACCAACUCGCUCGACCUCCUGGAUUGACCCUCGUGAAGCAAAUUGGAAACCAAAGUCAUGGGAAGAAUGUACCAAACCAGAAGACGUUCCCUACGGAUGGGAAAUCGCAACGGAUCCACUAAUUGGAACGUAUUUUAUCGACCACAUAAACAAGCAGACAUUGCUUGAUGACCCACGUAGUGAUAAACACAAACGACAGGUCGAUGAGAUAAAGUCGUUUGUAAAGAGUGGUGCUAUUGAUGCCGUGGAGAAGAAUCUGACUAAGAAGCUGCAGCAUUUGCAGAUUGUCGAGGAGAACGUGUUGAAGAAGGAGGGGGAUGGGGAUGUCAGUGCGUCAGAGUUGGAGAAUGCUGUAAGAUUAAGAGCUGAAACAGAAGAACUGAAAACUGAAAUGGAGGCGUUAAAAGCUGAUAUAGAAUCAAUGAAACGAUUAGCAGAACGACUAGAAGAGACAGAGACAUCCCAACUUGAAAGGCAACAGCAGAUACAACGUGAAAUUGAGACCGUACAGGCUGAACUUGCUAAAGAAGUGGCUGCCAAAGAAGAACUACAAAAGGAACUCAAGACCAUGCAACAAAAGUUUGAUAUACCUGAAGAGGCUCAAGCAGAUUUUGGAACUUUCGACGAUGACGUCUCUACAGUAUCCUCUAUCGAAUCGUCACCAACAGAAAGCAGCAUCAACAAGUACCUUCCAUUAUUUGAUACUAUACCAAGACGACGAACUGGUGAUGAGGUGGCAUCCGAUUUCAUAUAUCCGACUAUUAAGGGUGAAUCUGUUACGAGAGUUGAGCGUGAAUUGACCUUGUUGACUUUAAAGAAAAAACUCAAGACAGAGAGAGAUCUCGUCCAAGAACUAAUUGACGUGAAAAAAAUCGCCAUUCAAGUUAAUGACGAAACCUCCCUACACAGCAAACCGGAAUGGAUUGCACAAAUAAAUCAGUAUGCUGCGAGAUCCAAGACGAUACGAGCAAAAAUUAAUAAGAAACGGGACAAGAAUGUCGAUGCGUUGACUUUCAGGGAGAAGAUGCUGUUUUAUACGACACAGGGUGUUGUUGAUGGCGGUGGAGUUGAAGGUGGAGAGAAUGGUGAGAAUCAGCAACAAGGAGGUGAACGGUCGAGGAAGAGUAGUGCUGUACCGCCCGUAUGA